AUGCGCAGGCGGUCGUCGUCGCCCAACACGCCUUCCUCCGAGUCAUCGCCAUCGAGUUCGGAUCUUCCACUUGCGGUACCUCCUAUCGAGUCGAUCGAUGUUAAUGGAGCAGGAAAAGAAUAUGAUGAAGCCAGGUUGUUCCGAGCGUUCAUAAACGAUAAUGCAUUCGACAGCUCUGUAACAACGGUGGUUCAGCCUGCGAGCAUUGGAUUCGAUCGCCUUCAUAGCGUUUUGUCCAGUGCCCAACGAUACCACGUGCCCCCUGCUACCCACGUCGUCAAGCCUUCAGCGCUUAUUCCGCCUGCUGCUCCUCCUGAGCCAGAGACAGAAACCAAACCCAACCCUGAUGUUCAAGUCGUACAUCCGCCAAAGGAGAAUUGCAACAAUCUGCCCGUUCGGGUCCGGAACGUGCCCCUUCAAGGCGCCAAAUCUCGCGUAGAAACUCAACUUAAAGUUACUAUCGAUCUUGUCUGGGAUCCGACACCCCGAACACACUUUCAUCAAGCCUCUUCGAGCUCAUCCGGAUAUUCGGCCGACGCAAAAGAGGAGCUUGCUCCAACGGUCGGCUCGUGGGAAUGGUUAUCUCUUCCGCCGGGAUCUGCGACGAAGCGUAGGGGACGCAAGGAGGCCAAGAUAGCACCCACCCCUGCUCAAACGCUCACGCUUCAUACGAUGGUGCAUGUCGCAUCCGCCCCGCAUACCGCUGCACGCGCAUGUGCUCCAAUUCUUGUCCUAAUUCACUCUAGUAACGGUCUUGCGCCUUCUCACAUAUUCGACCCGUGUUACUUUUCAAUCCUUGGUACCCCUUUUUCAACCCGUACCAUCAGAUCCCAACGACCCACCUCAUCAGAACUGCCAGACCUGAGUUCACUAGGCUGUGAAGAUGACAAAAUUGUUCUCUACAAUUGCGCCGAUGUACUCGAUUUUAAGAGUGGCACUGUGGAUUUGCCUUAUCACUUUUAUCCUACGCGAUCAUACCGGUCGGACUGUUGGAACGGGAGUUACGCCUCCAAUCAUGAUCACGAUGAUAAAUCGACUGCUCGCAAAGUUCAGGCUCAGCAGAGCGCUGUUCCCGGUGGUGCGGGACUGGUUCCGCCCACUCCGGCAACUGCGAUAUCCACUGGUCCGAGUCUUGUCGCUGCGAUCGGUGCGUCUACCAUGAACGGGUCGAGGAAAGGUUCAAAGGACAAGGGAGGGGCCAAGCACCGGAUGAAGCCAUACGAUAGGAGCCGAGCGAGUAGCGUUGGGCUAACGGGGAUAUACCUCUCCUCCGCCCCAAAGCCCCACGCUCUUCACCACAGGGGCGUUUGGAAUGCAGAGCGCGUUGUUAGGAGAUGUUCAUGGAAUGACGAUGCUUUCGCCUACUCGCUCAGCAUUCUAUCCCCUCCUCGGUCGCCUGUCAUUCUCGUGGCCACACCCGCCCGCACUCACCCGUUCAGAUGUUGUCACACCCUCCCUCGUCGAACCAUGCGCCGUCACCGUCCCACACGAGUAUGCAUUCUCCGUCUCACACGGCCCUUCACUCGCCUAUCCACACCACUGCUCAUUCGCGUGCAUUCUCCUUCCCGAGGAAUCCUCUCCGGCGGGAUGCAAAGUGACUUUAUGGACUCUUUGCUGGGUUCCACUGGCGGACUGUUGGAUAUGAACGGAGACCCAUUGCUUGGGAUGGACAGCGACACACUCAUGGCGAACACGUUUGCCGGAACCGACACUCAAAUGUUCGAUCCAACCACUACGGAUCCUACAAAUCCUGACUGGGAGGCCAUGCUACAAGAACUGACCAAUCAACCACCGACCUCGGGUCUCAAGCCACCCACGCCUCAGGGUGCUAUAUAUGUCGAACAUCCGCCGUGGGGUGUCCCUGCUACCUGGCCGCCCGAAUCCAUCGACCUCGCGCCUCCCGAAACGACACCGAUCCCGCGCGUGAGCCGCGUGGUUCCAAACUCGGGCCCGAUCCAAGGAGGAAUCGAAGUCACGCUCCUGGGCGAAAACUUUUCGCGCGCGUACGAGUGCAAGUUUGGCGAUUAUGUUGCUACCGAGACUGCGCUUGGGGCUGGGGCGGUGGCUGUUCGGAUCAAGGGGUAUGAGAAUGUACCACUUCGUCCUGGGGAAAGGGAGGUUAUGUUCACGUACAAGGAUGAUAUGGAUGGAAUUGGCGCUCAGGGUUGUUGGGCAGCGUAUGACCGGGCGGCAGGAAGAACCAUGCAAUAUCGCAAGGAGAUUGUUGCCGUUGGGGAAAUGCAGAAUAACUCGAACAUGGUCGUUACGCGUCUGGCUCAGUCGAUCAUAGAGUCCGAUGUGACCCCACAAGACGACGAAAAUGGCUCUGCGCAACAGCAACAAGAACAAGGACGCGCCCCCACGCGACAAGAAGAGCUCAUCCAGUUCCUCAAACUCUUGACGUACCCAACGUCGGUUCUCGUGGUGUUCCACCAGCUCUGCCGUCUCGCUCCAAAACGAAACGGGCCAAACACCACUUCACUUGGCGGCUCUGCGUGGAGAGGCGGCUUGUGUGCGCGUACUUUUGCAGGCGGGGCAGAUACGGAAAUUGUUAACGCAUACGGCAUGGCUCCCAUUGAUGUUGCGCGAGAACACGCUCGCUCGGAGGUUAUGGCAUUGUUGGAGGGCGCUGAUCACGAGAGCGAUGCGGUUGAGGAAGACGAAGAGGGCUCCGAACUCCGAGCACCAUCGCUAGACGAAUCUACUGGUGCCGACGCAGAUGAAAGCGACCUUGAGGCGGAUGACGAACGGCGCUCACGAGUCCCAGCGGAAGUAGCAGCGAGGAAGACAGCGCCUCGGACGAUCUGUUCGCUGCAGACGCCUCACGACCUUCUCUCGACUCGGUCAUCGACGGAGGCCUGCGUUCUUGGGAGAGACCCAAGUUCCCAUCUACUUGGGCCCAAUCAGGUGCAGCUGCGCGCGCGAUUGGCGAGGAGGCUUGGAUAUUAUCCCACCGAAGUAACGGAUAGAGAAAUUCGCGCGUAUACGCAUCAUAGUCAGAAGAUGAGAAAGCUCAAGAAGGAUCGCAUGCUGGUUCUAUUCUGGCUUCCAAUUCUACUGAUUGUUAUCGCGUGGGGUCUAUACCAAUCUAUCCCGGUGGCAUUUAAAGCCAUGGCAAACACUAUUCGGGGCUAUCUUCCCUUGGCCAGCCGAUAA